AUGAACGGGAUCGUCUCGCUGGAGCGCAUCGGCAGCUCCUCCUCCCCGCGCAGCGGCAGCGCGGAGCCCCGUCAGGCGUCGGCGGCGUCACCAACGGCGACGGCGAGGACCAACGGCGGCGGCGCCUACGCCUCGGUGACGGGGCGGAUGACGGACCUGAGCGCGACGUCGUCCCCGCAGUACUCCUACGGCACGGCGCGGUACCUGAAGGAGUUGCAGCGGCGGCGCGAGGACGUCCCCGCGCUGCGGGUGCUGCCCAAGACGCAGCAGCUCGCCCAGCUGUUGCUGCUGGAGCAGGCGGGGCGGGAGCUGCUGGCGCACCAGGAGCGGUUGUGCCGCCAGCAGCUUGUGCACAAGCGCGAGGACGAGCGGAUGAAGAAGGAGGAGCAGCGGCUGCAGCAGAAGAACCGCGAGCGGCUGGAUGAGCUGAAGAGGCGGCAGGCGCUCGAGCUGGCUGCCUUGAAGGAGAGCGUGAGUGCCUUCCAGCGGCAGAUGGACGCGGAGGUGAAGGAAAAGCUGCGUGUUGUGUGUAUGCUGCAGCCCCGCAUGGGUGUGGCAGCCGCCGUCCUCGCCGAGCUCAAGAGCGAGGGCUCCCCCUGUUUGCUGCUUCCGGAGCUGAUGGAGGAGGAGCGGCGCGUGUUGAAGACGCUCAAAGCGGAGAGCCGCCAUAGCAGGGGCCCCGCCGACUGCGGGGCCGUGCCGCACUGGAUGCACACCUGCGUCGCCAGCUCCUUCAACGUGGCGGCCAUCCUGCAGAAUGCCCCGUACCUCGCGGCGGUGGAGGAGGCCAUCAAGGCCACCAACGCCUCCCUGCGCAAGCUGGUCGUCGUGCGCCACCUCCAUGACAAGAACGUCGUGGGGUGGGCGCACGUCCGCGCCGGGUCCGACCCCGCGACGCUGGCCGCAGAGUUGGCGCGGCUGCCCGUCCCGGAGGGGUUGCCAGCCGAACUGUACUGCGGCGUCGUGUGGCCCAAGGAAGACCUGGGCGAGUUGACCCGCAAUGCAAAGGCGGUCACAGACGCGGAGUUGCGGCAGCUGCUGCGGCAAGUCGUCGACGUCUCGAGCGCCUCCCUCAGCUGCGUCGGGCUCACGACGCACGAGUUUGCGAAGAAGGACGUGGACGCCAUCGGCACAGUGGCGUCUGCCUGA